AUGCAAAAAGAUACUGGAUUUUCCGGGAAGCAGAGCAAGUCUUCCCCGGAAGUCGCAGGGGAAGAGGCUCUGUCCCAGCUGAGGCACCCCAAACCCCACUCAGGAGCCUUUUCCCCGACACCUUCUGAGGCAACCUCACCCGUUGCUAGAACAGCACUACAGGGCCCCGCCGCCGCCCUGUCUAGCCGGCUCCGCGCCGGCCCGUGCUGCUGGUGCCGCCCGGCUGCCCCGAGUCCGCCAGUGCUCCCCGCUAGUGCUUCCCGCCGUGUCUGCGGGGAGGGCGCGGCCCCGGCCCCGGCCCCGGCCCCGGCCCCCGCUAAUGAGCGGCUCCGGGCACCCCCUGGUCCCUGCACCCCUGGUAUCAGCUCGGCCCCCCGUGCACACAGCGCUAUGCAGCCUCGCUCCCGAAGCCUGCACUGCGCACACCAAGCGGCGCCCCGAGUGGAGAGCAGGGGACAUGGCCGCUGCCAGCAGCAGAUAGCAGCCAGGCCAGGCCUUGCAUGGCUGUGCCUUUUCUCUUUCCCGGGCCUCCACACUCUGACCUUCUCACUCUCAGGUGUCUGUCCCAGCCCGGCCUCACUCCCAGGACACUGCAAUGCUCUGGUGCUGCCAAGGUGCCAGCUGGGCCCACCUCCCCACGUGGGACCCCUUUCCUGCUCUGCUCAUUUACCACUGCCCCCACGGGGGAGUGACCUCAGUUCUGUGACAGAUGAAGUGUUUUUGGAAGCUCAGAUUCAGAAUAUCACUACCUCUCCAAUGUUUAUGGAGAAGGUUUCUUUAGAGCCAUCUAUGAUGUACAGUGUUGCAGAACUGAACACAGUUGACACAGCCGGUGAAAGUGAGUCUACUUUCGGCUCAAGGACUUAUUUGCAACCUAUGGAUACACGUCAGUACUUAUACUGCCUAAAACCAAAGCAGGAAUUUGCAGAGAAAGCUGGAGUAAUAAAAGGUGUAACAGUGAUUGGCAAAUUAGACAUUGUAUGGAAAACUAAUCUGGGUGAACGAGGAAGGCUGCAAACCAGCCAGCUCCAAAGAAUGGCUCCUGGUUAUGGCGAUGUAAGGCUUUCUUUGGAGACAAUACCAGACACUGUAAAUUUGGAAGAACCUUUUGACAUUACAUGUAAAAUAACAAAUUGCAGUGAAAGGACUAUGGAUCUGGUUUUAGAAAUGUGCAAUACUAAUUCCAUCCACUGGUGUGGAGUUUCAGGAAGGCAACUUGGAAAGCUGCACCCGAGUUCAUCCCUCCAUCUUGCACUUACGUUGUUGUCCUCAGUACAAGGAUUGCAAAGUGUCUCUGGCUUAAGACUUACAGACACGUUUCUGAAGAGAACAUACGAAUAUGAUGACAUUGCACAAGUCUGUGUAGUUUCUUCAGAAGUCUAA